GUGGGGGAACCUUUGCCCAUGGCCCCAAUUAGGCCUGCCAGGCCAUUUUGGCCAAACACCACUCGUUGCCCUAUGUCUGAUAUUUUAUAUCAUGUCUGGUGUCUGGCAGGUAAAAGUGGCGUUAGCAAAGGCCCACAUGGUUUGAUUUCAAACUGCACAGGCAGAAAUGAGUCGCCGUGAUGUCAAGUGAAUGGCAGGUGGGUAACUGCCCACAUGUCAAACUUGACUUGCAGGGCAUGAGGAGGAUAAGGACUAGGGGCUGCCAGACAGAUCCAGCUCCUCACCCUGUUGUACUUCAUAGUGACCGAAAAUGUUGUUCCAGUCCUUUCCUAUCAUGAAGCAGCCCCAGCUUUCAACAGGAUAUGUUUUGUUGUAGCUUCACUGUUUCCCUACAGUUACAGGUAGGUAGCCGUGUUGGUCUGACGUAGUCGAAAAAAAAUAAAAAAAAUUCCUUCCAGUAGCACCUUAGAGACCAACUAAGUUUGUCAUUGGUAUGAACUUUCGUGUGCAUGCACACUUCUUAAGAUACUUCCCUACAGGUUAAGCAUAGGAAUGGGGACAGUUUGGAAGGCAGAAACUGAAGUGGGGCUAGAGGCAACAGCAGUAUUGGGGAUCUGCUAUCUUGUGAUACAGAGUAGAUAACCUGGGUGUUCCUGGGACAUGUAAGCAUUAAUGAGGAGGAUUCCUCAAGUCCAUACCCCCAGGUGGCUGUCUGUGUAUCGCUUUGAGCUUCUCCAGAAUAAUGGAGGCAUCUUUAGGAAAAGUGAGAUGAACCAUGCAUGCAAAGUACACUCGAUUACUGUUAGCAUUCUAACAUUCUGCCUUUUAUGAUGCAUGCUCAGUAAGAAUGUUUAGGGGUCUAGAAUUCUUAACAUUACCUUCAAAGGAAUUUUUCGCAGUAAAGUUGGUAACUUGUUUUUGUAUUGGGAACAUUUACAAAUUCAGAUCAGCAUGAGUAAUGUAGGAAUUCACAGUGAAUGCUGCGGUGCAUGAGGAUAUAAUUUUAGAAGCCUGGUUUGGGGGGAAAAACCCAUUACUUUCUAGUUUUUGCUUGAAAGCUGUGAUAUUUAGAGAUCUUAUUUUAUGGUUUAAAAAACAGGCUGUCUUAACUGCUGUUUUAAAAAUCUGUUUAUGUGAUCUGCUAGAAUGUAGGUGUUUAACACAAAACAAUACUGAUUUGGGCUAGAAAUGUAUGGUUAGUGUUGUUGCUUCCUGUAUUCAGUUAUUCAUUGAUAUCUCUCUUGAAACUUCUUACAAAUCUAAAUUGUAAUACCUCAACAAAAGUAUCAUUUAAUACUGCUUCUGAACUUGGGAGUAUCUGGUUAGCUCAGAUUCUAGUUACGUCAGACAGAAGAGUAUCAAACCAUGGUUUUAUGAUCCUAGUUUACUCAGUAACUGGAGAUUUUAAACUACAUCCAGAGUUCAGAUACAACAGGGAACUCUGGUUCAUUUUGCAUUGAAGAUGGAAGCUUUUCAAUCUCCUCUUGCAUGUGAAAGAGCAAUGGGUUGGUUAAGGCUUGCUGUGGCUACUGCAGGUUUCAAUUCAGCAUCGCCUUGCCUCCAGUACCAGCAACAGCUGUGCUCCUUGAUCAAUGUGACGGUCUGGAAUGCUUCAGCAACUGACGAAAUGAUUGAGGGUAGCGGAAGAUAUGAUUUUUACAUUGGUCUGGUAUUGGCAAUGAGCUCCAGCCUUUUCAUUGGUGGGAGUUUCAUCCUGAAGAAGAAAGGUCUCCUUCGAUUGGCUAGGAAGGGCUCCAUGAGAGCAGGACAAGGUGGCCAUGCAUACCUUAAAGAGUGGCUCUGGUGGGCUGGACUCUUGUCAAUGGGAACUGGCGAAGUUGCGAACUUUGCUGCCUAUGCAUUUGCACCAGCUACAUUGGUGACUCCCUUAGGAGCUCUAAGUGUUCUUGUAAGUGCCAUUCUCUCAUCAUACUUUUUAAAUGAAAAGCUCAAUCUGCAUGGAAAAGUUGGGUGUUUGUUAAGUGUACUGGGUACAACUGUGAUGGUAAUUCAUGCACCCCAAGAAGAGGCAGUGGAAACUUUGAAUGAAAUAUCCCACAAGCUGGGUGAUCCAGGUUUUGUGGUCUUUGCUACAUUUGUUGUCAUUGUGUCCUUAAUAAUGAUCUUUGUGGUGGGACCACGGCAUGGACAAACCAACAUUCUUGUGUACAUAACAAUAUGCUCAGUCAUUGGAGCUCUGUCUGUUUCCUGUGUAAAAGGCUUGGGCAUCGCUAUAAAGGAACUUUUUGCUGGGAAGCCCGUGCUGACGCAUCCUUUAUUCUGGAUUCUGCUGCUAAGUCUUAUUGUCUGCGUUAGCACGCAGAUCAACUAUUUAAAUCGAGCCCUGGAUAUAUUCAACACUUCCCUCGUGACACCAAUCUAUUAUGUAUUCUUCACAACAUCUGUUUUAACUUGCUCUGCUAUCCUCUUCAAAGAGUGGCAACACAUGGCAGCUGACGACGUUAUUGGUACUCUUAGUGGCUUUCUCACUAUAAUAGUGGGGAUAUUUCUAUUGCAUGCCUUUAAGGAUGUCAACUUCACCCUAGCAAACUUGCCUGUGUCUUUACGUAAAGAUGACAGAGGAAUAAAUGGCUCUUUGCCAAGCACAUACGAACGCUUCAACGAUGAAGAAAGUGGAAGCCGUGUAGGUGAUCUGCAGUCCACAGAGGGAGUGGCCUCUAGGAGAAAUGGGAACCUGGGAGCAUCUUAAGAAGAGAGCAAUUCUGUAACUGUGUUGUUGUGGAAUGUCAUUUUUAAGUGCUUGUCAGAAACAAAUGUAUUUAAACAGUAUGUAUAGACAAUCGUUUGUUUUUAGGUUUGACUAGUUUGGACCAAGAACAGUGGUGGAUUUUUAUUUGCCUUUUCAUUUUUUAAAAAAAAUACUAAAGGACUCCAAAAACAUGUUUUGCUAAAUUACCUGUGAACAUGUAAAAUACUAAUUUUUUUGUUUAGGACUUACUUAUUGCACUAAUGACAAUUUUAACAAAUAAAAUGCUUUAUUUCUGCAUGAGUGA